UUGAGGACUUCCGGAUUCUGUCCUCGGCUGGAGAACGAUGAUUUUCCCGGAGUUUUCAAAUGGAAAAAACGAAUGAUACAAAUUGGCCAAGACCCUGUGGAAAUCCUGAAGAGUAGGAUGGACUCUCUGGGUAUGAGGGGCCCAUCCCUAAACCAGGACUUCCUACACAGUGUGCUGAAUGCUGUUCCUCGUGGACUGACAGUGGGCCCCUCUCUAGCAAAUGAUGGCCAGUUGGGGCUCUGGUGUGUAGGACAUGCUCUGCAGAAAGGGAUGCUUCUGGGUGUGGAAAACCAAAGCAACACUUUUGACCAAAGUGAAGACUUUACAGAGAGCUUGAUGGAAGAAGCAUAUCAUACGAUAAUCAAGGGGCAUCUUUGGGACAGGUGCUAUUGGAUUAGAUUUGCCUGUAAUGCAAGGAGAAAGGAUGAACAGAAUGUUACUGUUCAUGAGGUGGAUGGAAGUCUCUGUCUAAGGGCCUGCAAAGACAUCAACCCAGGGACAGAACUUCUGCUUUGGAGUUUCCUAGCUGAUUCUCCGGAACACGAUGGAAGCCACGGAGGGUCACUAAUAACACCAGGCAAACCUCGCAAACAAGUUACACCUCGCAAGUCCAGGGAGGAUAGAUCCCCAGGUGUAAACUCCAUGGAGCAAGAGCUCAAGCUUACAGAGCCUGAGGAGCACACUGAAGAUUCAGACAUGUCAACUUCUCCACUGGGGUUGAUGGUGGCGGAGGAGAAAAGCCAGGCUGGAAUCAAAAGGACCAAACCUCUUAUCUACAAAAUGAAAAAGAGAUGUGUGAGAGACUCUCAUUCCAGGGGUGAUAAAACAAUGGAACAGAAUGGAGACGUUGACUCAGGCAAAAUAAUAAAAACAGAACGUUUCAUUCCAGAAAUAACCAAUGUGCCAUGCUCUAUUGAGGACAAACUUGUGAGUCCUGCAGACGAGCCUCCAAAGAGCAGUGAAGAACCAGGUAAUGUGGUAAGAAAUCUCCAGGAGGAACAGGGGCCACAGGUGGUCAGGGCCAGUUGCAGACUGGCUGCUAAACCCAGGAAGGUGCAUUCAUUGGUGAGCUGCAUCCACAAGCGUCUUCAAGGGUGCAAAAAUAGGUAUCUGGAUCGUCAAGUGACAUUGGAGGUUACGUCCAGAGUUGGUGAUGAAAAUGGACAAGCUUGCCAAGAAACAGACAUAAAAGAUAGAGAAAAUAUAAGCGCAGAUGAAAUCCCAAAGGAUAGUGACAAAGGGGGGAAGAAGGAGGAGCUUUUGACAGCUCCAGACCUCUUUAACAUCAGGGAAAGGAGGUAUACAUGUGACGAGUGUGACAAGAGUUUCUUUCAGCUCUGUCACCUGAAGAAGCACAAAUUCACUCACUCGGACCUAAAGCCUUACUUAUGCACAGAGUGUGGUAAGAAUUACAGCUCUCAAGAGAACUUCAGGGCCCACCUUCUGAUGCAUAAGGGAGAGAGGCCAUUCAAGUGCCAGCAGUGUGACAAGAGCUAUGGCCUGAAACGGGAUCUGAAGGAGCAUGAAGUUCUUCAUACAGGAGAGAGGCCUUUUGUCUGCGAUAUCUGUGGGAAGGCUUUUGCCCGCCGGCCUUCAUUACGUAUUCAUAGGGAGGCCCACCGCGCCAAGGAAGAAAAUUACCAUGCUCCUAAGCUCAAGUGCCCUGUCUGCGAUAAAGAACUGGCCAAUUCGGGCUCCCUUAGGAAUCACAUGCGCUUGCACACAGGAGAACGGCCUUAUGCCUGUCCCCACUGCAGUAAGACAUUCCGACAGCGGGGGAACCUUUUGGGGCAUCUACGCAUCCACACAGGGGAAAAGCCUUACAAGUGUAACCAUUGUAAUCAGUACUUCUCACAGGUGCCUGAACUCCGCAGACACCUCAUAUCACACACAGGGGAAGUCUACCUCUGCCCUAUAUGUGGCAAAGCCUUGCGGGACCCCCACACCUUGCGGGCCCACGAACGUUUACACACAGGGGAGAGACCUCACAAGUGUGAGGUGUGUGGGAAGGCCUACACCAUGGCCACCAAGCUACGCCGGCACAUGAAGUCCCACCUAGAGGAGAAGCCCUACAAAUGUCAGGCAUGUGGUGCUGGCUACACGCUAAUGCAGAGCUUGGUUCGCCACCAGCUCUCCCAUAAAAAGAGAGAAGAUCGGACAUCUGGGGAGCUAGCUGACGCUCUGGCAGCUCUGGAGUCUAGCCACUCUGCCCCUGCUAGAGGCAGACCUAGAAAGACCCCUCGCAAGACAGAGGUCAAGCCAUGGGUUGAUGUCACUGAAGAGAACAUGGAGAGUCAGACAGUAGUGUAUGUUCAGGCCAUCGAAGACUUAGCCAUGCCUAACUCAGGGGAGGUUGUUGUCAGCACCUAUGACUCGUAUCAUGAUAAUGCCAUAUCUUCUGUGGUAAUAGAGGAAGGGUUGGAACAGGAUUUGGGCCAGAUUCAGCUAAAUGAGAAUGUCAUUGAGAUAAUUGUCUCAGAUUCUAAUGAUAAGUGCAUUGUGGUAAGGGAGCACAAAACACACAGCAACCUGGUGAUUCUACAGGGAGAGGAUGGACUGAGCUCUGUGGCAGAGACAAUAGAGAUAGAAACAGGAGUUUAAAACUGCAAGUCACACCAUUUUGCUUUCUGUUGCUGUUUUUAUUUUUUUAAAUCUUCAAAUAAAACCAAGAAUGUGAAGAAAAAAUGUUGUUUUGCCUGCUAGAUGUACUUUACCUAAAAUAAGACAAUAAGCAGUACUUAUUAGGAAAAUGCAUUUGUCAUGAAUAUAAAAUAUGUUAUCACCAUCAGGAUACUCCAUUUAGAUUACUGGAGAAGGGAGCCAUAAUUGUCAAGAGUUAAAGAUAUCAGCAAAUAUUGACUCAUCUGUGGUGGAUCUUGUCUAGCCACUAUCUACAGCAAAUGUUCUUUUCAAGGACUGUACUAAAACUACAUGCCCCUGUAUUUGAGGAAAUAUCUUAAUGGUUACAAAGAGAAAUCCUCAUGAAUAGUUUUCUUUUUUAUCUGACUAAAAUAUAUUUGAUGUCUAGAGAAUGUUUAUGAAGGCUUAUUAAAUAGCUUUACUGUAUUUUAA